AAGAUUGCGCUGCUAGUGUAGUCAGACGGCAGACUGCCACGGACGUGGCGGAGCCGUGAGCACAGCGUCACGUCGUCACCGAGUGACCUAGCCUCGUGACUCGUGUGCGUCUGCGCGUGUGCAGAUUCGGCACGUUUCUGACACAGUGGAAACUUUGUUCCCGAUAUAAGCAGCCAGUGUUUAGUAAACUGCAUCAAUUUUUGACACUGGCAUUCAAUUGACACAUCAAUCAGGAACAGCAUUGCUGCCGUAGUGGUGAUCACCUUCCAACAGGUGCAGUAAUCUAAACAGGAAGCUAUUUUCUUAGAAAAAAACAGCCAUGCCUUCAGCAAUGAUCGAACGAGACGCCCAGCCGAGGACUGGUCGCGUAUCGGCCAGCGGCAAUGACGGCGACAGCAGCGGAGAAAGUCCAAGUGAUGGCUGUAACAGGCUUUCCAGUACUAGCAGCGAAGAAGGCCCCAGUGAUGGCUGUAACAGGCUUUCCAGUACUAGUAGUGAAGAAGGCUCCAGUUAUGGCGGUAAUAGUGGGCCUUCCAGCAUUAACAGUGAAGAUGUGAAACUGGAUCCCGAUGGCUGCAGUCAUUACCGGCGUAAAGCACGGCCCGUGGCACCGUGCUGCUCCAGGGUGUACUCGUGUCGGUUCUGCCACGACGAGAAGGAGGACCAUGAGAUGAAACGUCACGAGGUGCAGGAGAUGGUGUGCACACAGUGCGACACCAGGCAACCCAUGCAGCAGGACUGCGCCCACUGCGGCUCACGGCUCGGCAAGUACUACUGUGACGUGUGCCGGCUACACGAUGAUGAAGAGAAGGGCCAGUACCACUGCACAGAGUGCGGCAUCUGCCGCUCCGGUGGCCGGGACAAGUUCUUCCACUGUGCCGAGUGCGACCUGUGUUUGCCAAACAUCAUGCAAAACAAUCACAAGUGUCUGAAGGGGGUCGGCCGCUCCGACUGCGGAGUGUGCCUGGAGGAUAUCCACUCGGCACGCAGUGGAGGACAGGUGCUGCCCUGCGGUCACUUGCUGCACGUACAUUGCUACAAGGAGAUGGUGCAACAUAGACUCAACACGUGUCCCAAGUGCAAGGUCUCCAUCAAAAACAGAAAGCUGGAGUGGGCGCGGAUGGACAAGGCGAUCCGUCAUUCGAUAGUGCCUGCCGAGUACCGGCACACCUACAUCAACGUCCUCUGCUGCGACUGCCACAGCACGGGGCCCACCAAGUACCACAUCAUCGGCCUCAAGUGUCGCGAGUGCGGCUCGUACAACACGUCGCCGGCCGGUCCGCUAGAGAGGAGAGACAGUAAAGGUCUUACGUGGUACAUCACCCACGGUAUGAGGCGGAUAACGGAACUCGUUCGCGGCUGACGGUGCGGCACUGCAGCGGUCGGGAGGGACCCGACUCGAGCCCUGCCGGCCGGGUCCCUGUCUAACCCGACUCUGCGCCCCGUGUCCGAGAGCCUGGCAGGUGACCGGGUGCACCAGGGGAGUCUUAGCUCCACCUGAAUGGAAAACGACUGGCAAAAUAAGUGCUUUACAUUGACAUAAGCUACAUUAAUUUACACUGAGAAGAGUGUCCUUAAUUGGUGCGAGUCGUUGGGUUCCAAGGGGACGGGGUUUCUACAGGGGGCGGGUCGUAAGGGAGUUGCUGGUCAGCCGUGCCUUUCAGCGGCGGCCCGGCGGAGCUCGUACAGCUUGGUCUGCCGACUGAGAGUCGAUGCCGGUCUAUGAGAUCUCAAUGUCCUGCUUACAUUGUCCGCAGAGCGAGACAGAGGCCCCGAGGGUCGGUGUAGCGGGAUGAGGUUAUAGGAGAGAGCAGGGAUCAGGACACAGUACGAAGAGAACAGCGCUAGUAACCGAGGUAUCAUGGCCUUUGGCGAGCUGCACAGGGUGUGGUCAAGCUGGUCGGAAGAUGCCGAUAGGUAUUUUGUGCUGUACGAAACUGGGUCAGAUAUGUGAUUCCAAACGAUACCGAAGUCGGUUCAUUGCACUAUUCGAUAUCGAAAAGGUAAGGCUUAAAAGUAUCCUCAAAAUAUAUUCAGUGGCGAAAGAAAAACUCCAAAUGCCUCAAAUGAUGACACGCUUGUUAAAAGGUCGGUAAUGAGUGUGAACUCUUCAACACCCCAUAUAUUUGUCUUUCAGACUGAAACCGAAAGUUUCAGUUCCGUUAAGUUCGUACAGUGGGUUUCAGUACAGUUUUUUCAGUGAUAUCGUUCGGUACACGAGAUGUCCUGCGCAGCCUUCUGGGGAUGAUCGGUGACGUAUCAGACAUUUUGUCCGUCAAAGCAUGACCAGAGAAUAGGGACAUGCAUGUUCCAUGUUCUCUGGAAAUGUAUUUGGUAUCUGCAGCGUCGCUUGGUCACCUACCUUGGGUGGGCGGGACAAAAGGUUUGCUUUAUGUAGAUGGUUGAAUCAUGCACUCAAUUUUCACUCUCUUUUCGUAUGUGCUAGAUCUUUAGUCGUCUUGUAGUCGUAACCGAGUUCAACUCAGAGUAUCGCCUAACAGAUGUAACGUGCGCUGUGAACAGUGCGCCCAUGAACUGCACCGAACAUAUUGAUAAUCAUUUCCACUAUAAACCGUGUGAUUAAAUGCCUUCCUUGUCGAAGCCCGGUUUCUACCCCCCGUCCUGAAGGGAGGAGUGACACCACUGGUCCCACCGGCGGUGGGUGGACUGACCCGCUGUGCUGAUGGACGGGGUACCCUGCUGUGGGGUGAGGCACACACCCCUCGGGAGUCGGGGUGGGGGUGUUCGUUUGAAGAGGGGUCUGCCCGGCGGGAGGGGUACCUACCUAUUCGACCGUGUCGCUUCUCCAAUGCUUGGUACGAGAAAGAUAUCGAGGGAACAGUGUGCUCUAAGGCGGAGUGCGCCUGGUGUUACUAUACCUGUUAUGUGUUUUGUGAUUCGCCCUUGGUAUGGCAUUGACAUUUAGACCGUGGAACAAAGCGAAUGUUGCGUUGACUUUGCUGUAUUGUGAGCAACAUCACCAUAUCACGAGCACUUGAGCAUCAUCACAACCUUGCGAGCACUAGACAGCUCGAGCUGGACGUCCGUCCGACACAGCCGUUACCACCCGAAUCCCCUGCCGGAAAGAGAGCUCUCCCCGCGCCGCCUCGGCCGCGCCCUCGCCAGGCGCGUCAGCCGCCAGUGUGCUCCCGGCCGCUGAGAUCCAAACGUGGGCGCCGGAAUGGCCCACUGCAACUCCUACGGACGCAUUAUACGUGAAAAUGUGGUAAGAUUCGGCAAUUUUUGCUUUUAUUGUAACAACGUGGCUCAUGUAUGGCUUUCAGUGUAUGGGAGGGUAGCGUGUAAGGAAAUGUCGAGUUUUGUGAAGAAUACGAGGUGUGACUUCAUGUUGCACCGUUGUGUGGCAGUAUUGUGAUGUUCUAUCGAAGAUACGUCCGGAGCCGCACACAGGAUUGUGUUGUAUUAGGGACUGCAUUGGACUGUAUUGUACGGACUGUAGGUAUAUGUAUUGCCGCUGUACAGGGUGUCCAGAAAAAAAAGAUACUACGGAAAUUAAGUCGCACUCAUUAACGCACGUGCCGAUUUUGUUCCAAAUUCAUGUGCUUAUAGUGCAAGAUUUGGCAAAGCUCAUGAGCACUGUAAUGCGUCGUUGGAAAGUUGUCUGCUUGCCCUCCGAGAUGGUCAACAUGACCAUCAGUCACCUGCAGACUGUGCUAGUGCUGGAGCUGAUCCGCCGUAAGGCCGCUCACAUUGAGUAUCUGCUUUGAGGAGCUGCCGCAACUAACCAAAGAGUUUACAUUCCAUGUGGCACCUGCUGUCUGUUUUGCUAUAUUUUGGCGAAUACAAGCAUGUGCCAUUUUAAAAUGUAAGGUGUUUAUUUUCGGAAUUACAGCAAAAUAUGAUAGUAUCCGUUUUUUCUGGACACCCUGUACAUGUACAUGUAUGUAUUGCUAUCGUACAUGUAAUGCCAUAAAUAAGAACCCGUUUUCUGUGUUUUGUUUCCCUGCUAUCCGCGUGAUUAGUAUUAAGUACCGGCUACAUGGCGACUGUUGUACACUUUUUGUGUUGUUAUUGGCUUCCACUGUUGUCUUCAAGCUAGUAAGUCAAGCACAUGCCUCUCAAGUAGGUUGAAAAAACAAUGGCGUAAGCCCAACACUGACUGCCGUGAAUCCACUACAAAUCAAUUGUUAACGUUGGACGAGCAUAAUUAAACUAAACGUAAAAAGUUUGCAGUACUCGCCCGUUAGCCGGAGCCCUUGGCUGUGUUUUAAGAGCGUUCUAUGAACUGUUCCAUCUACUUCGCUAUGGUGUAUCUUGAGUUGCAUAUGUAGUGUAUGGCGUGGGGUGCGAGGGGUGCCACACCCGUUUACUGUUAGAACUAUGUUUUUCCGUUCUCACGAAGUGCAGUGAUGUGUUAUAGAACUUAGAAAGCUCUUGUGUUAUUGCUUAAGCUACCAUACAGUCAUUGGCAUGGAGGCCUCUGGGCUAGUGGUCUUUGGGCUAGUAUCUGCGUAGGUUGUUGCCCGUGUUUCUUAGAUUCGGUGCUUUGUAGUGCAGAGGCCAGAGCAAGUAUGAUAUGAAUACAUUAAAAAAGGCAAUUACAUAUUACUGGACCGGUUUCGUCUAUAAACGACUUCUUCAACGCUUUUCAAAGACGUAUCUACAUAUAAUAAGUAUACAUAAACAAACAAACAAUAGAAAAUAGUAAAACAAAAUAAAACAUAUACGUUUUUGGAAAGCGCUGAAGAUGUUUAUGGACUAAUCCGGUCCGCUUAUAUGUAAUUGCCUUUUUGAAUAUAAGUAUUCAUAUAAUGCUUGCCCUGCACUAUAUACUGGUGGAAAAUAUAGACGAUACGGUGCUUUGGCAAACGUUGAGGGCCGCCGGGUAUAUAUUAGAGCUGCAAAUUGUAGUGAGCGAUGUGCUGCUGUGACUCUAGUUUAGGUGUUUGGGUCAGCUGUAGUGAAGACGUAGUAUCACCGCUUUACAUUUAUUAUGGCUCAUAUAUAGGUAUGUACUAUGUAGACUACAAUAUAGACUACAGGAUCGUAAGCUUAUCGUUUUAACGCUUUUGCUAUAGGUGCAUUGAUGUUGCAGCUUUAUUCUUACGCUGGAUGCUAGGAUGGCCUUGAAGCAUAGACGAUUUUCACCGCCUGACUGCUGUGUACCAUGUAGUCCUGCUUAUGGUAAAGGAAGCUUUUUCGUGCCCGCAGUGUUAUUUUGGUUCCAAAUAAAUGAAAGCUUUGAA